AUGAAGCGGGAACGGUCGUCGCCGAUAAAGCGGCCGUAUACGGCUGUGUUAGGCGGCCUGAAUGAUGUGCUGCGGAGGUAUCAUCAGUCGGUCAGGGCGUGGCAUGCCGAAGGUUCGGUGUGCUCGCAGCGCAAUGCUGCCACUGACGUGUCUUUUUCGCAGACAGGAUUUGGAGCUAAUGAGACAAUUCCAAUCGAGAAUGAGGCUGCUCCGUCACCAGAAUCAGCGACUAGCCGAGUUAGUGAGCCUAUAAACGCCUUGCCUGACCUGCUCGGCGGCAUUCUCUACGACUUCGGUAGGGUUAUGCAGCAUGAAAGCUCACGAUUCGACGCAUUCGACGUUUUGUACCGGGCUAUGGCCAAAGUGCGCAAUAGGGAAAGUGCUGUGAAGGCGAUAAAGCACCGACGUCGCACUUGGGUUCCUCCAGUCAACGUCUACCACCAGCUCCUAUCCCGUCGCAUGGGACGUCGUUCCACUUUCAGUCCCCUGGGAGCGCAGCAGUUGCGCAAGAUCACCAAGACGUUCAAGAGAGCAGCAAACGUCUGGGGGCAUCACUGCUGUCUGGACGAGAUCGACCCAAAUAAGCCUUACAAUGAACCGCCGCAGGUCCGUUGCAUACGGUUCGACAAGACCGGCGACGUACUUAUCACGGGAGGAGAUGAGGGCAUAAUCAAGCUCUGGCACACCUUCAACUGUACUCUGAUAACGAGUUUGCGCAAGCAUGCAGGCGGAAUUGUCUCCAUGGAUGUACACCCGAACAACUAUUUCAUAUUGAGUUGUUGUGACGGUGGAGAGAUGUGGCUGUGGGAGAUCAACGGCAACCUAUACAGGCCUCAUAAACGUGUGUCUAGCCCGUUCAAGUACCUAUGGUGCCGGUUCGCGUCUUUCGGCGGCAGCGCCGGGGGUGCGGCUACUGGAUUCAGCGAUCGUUGUGAACGGGAGAUUGAUAGCACUUUGGUGGUGUGCGUCACAACAGAUUCGAGGCUAUCUAUUUAUCGCAUGCGAGACCUUGUGGUCUCAUCUAGUGGGAACAACGUCACCAGAGAGGUGUCGCCGUUGUACGUGGUUGAGCUGUUCAACCACAAUAUAAAGGCAUACGACGUUUCACGCCCGCUGAUGCAUGACCAUUCGUUUCUGAUCGCAAUCGGCAUCGAGCCCAUGUUCUUGGAGGAGUUGCGUCUUGCUGAGGAUACGGCCUCUUCUGCCCUGUCCAUUCUGCAGGGUGAGGCAGCAUCCCGUUCCGCCGACCGUGCGCAUGGGCAAUAUGGCAAGAUCACGUCGAAUGCGCUUUGUGCACUGUUCAACAUCUCCACUGGCACCUUUUUGGCUUCCUUAGGCGAUAAAUCUGCGGGAAAGGAUUCAUCUGAUAUGAAUGUCGAUCGCACGGCACCAAACGAGUCGGGACGGGAUAGCUCCGGAACUGUGGAUAAUGGUGGUGCCGGAUUCUGCUUGUGCGACGUAUCUGUGAACGCUUUUCAGGAUACUGCGGGGAGGUGCAGGUGCUGCCUUAAACCAGUGCGCACUUUUACCUUCCGGGAGGUUCCACGGUCGUCCCCAAAGGACUACCUGUCGCAGCCAGAGGAGUCCUCUCCCAAAGUCAGCGGGUCUAAGGCUGACACAGCGCCCGUUUCGCGUCCUAGCGCUCCAAAGUUUUGCUGGAAACACGAUUCUAAUGAAUUGGAGACCUACAUUCGGGAGGAGCUGGCUGGAUACUCCAUCCAUGAAGACUCACAAGUCGCGGACUCGGUCAGGUUCGGCACAAACAGCAUGCCGUUUGGCCGUUUGACGUCUACGGUGGUGUUUCCGUCUUAUAUGGAUACCCCUUAUGUGUUGUUUGACUCCUUGGACAUGGAUCAGCGCGACACGGGGAAUUUCGACGAUCUUAUCUACCACGUGCAGCGUGGCCACGAGCUGAGUCCCGACGUGUGUUUCGCUAAUCACAGUCUUAACCACGUGACGGGCAGCGAUGACGGUAAGGCGUUUCUUUGGGUGCAUUGCGGCUCAACGGUGAAGUUCAAGAGCAUCCCGCUGCUCACUAAGUGUAUAAAUAAAUGGGUGUGCAACGAUCCUUCGGAGACCAGCACCGGUCGUCAGACACCGGAUGUGUUGGAUCCGGCAUUUGUUAUCGAUCCACCCGUUUCUGUGACCGAGGAUGCAGUUGAUACACGCACUGGUAUAUCUCCAGUUACAGCACCUACCUCCAACGCACCGGAAGGCACAGACAUUGGGCAGGUUUCCACAUCCGCGCCUAUGGAGGUUGACAUCGCAAAUUCUGAGGACGAUAUGACGAAAAAGAAUGUAGUUUUUUCUAAUGCAGUAGUCGCGUCCGAAAAUGUGACUGGAUCGGAGUUGACAGUGAUGGAUUCCAGUGGGUCGGCGCCGGCACCAUCCCCUUCACAUGAUGAUACUUCUAAGAUAGGUAGCCAAAAUGGGCUCGAAAUCGCCGCACCGGUAAAUGGGUGUCUACGAAAGGAUGCUAUUACUAACAGCGUAGCUGAAAAUGAAGUCGCAGGUUCCUCUGACCAUUACAGGCCCUCAUGGUUGACAGAUUACGCAGCAAAGGAUUUGGAUACGUGCGAUGCAUUCCUACCAAGUGAUAGGGUAAAACCAUCCAUGCGUGACGAAGAGGUAUGCCAAAGCGGUAAGGCCACGUCGAAGCUUUUUAAGGAGGGCGAUUCGAAUAAGCAGCAUAUGAGUGAGUCUGGUCACCACUACAUGGUAACGGCCAUUUCGUGGUCGGUGAACGACACUUAUAUCUUCAUCGCAGACAGUAUAGUCACGCGUUUCAACGUGAAAAAGCUGAUCACCGCGUCCCGCACCAUAUUGUCAGGGGUGUCGGUUUUCACAUCGCAGGGUCUCCCCGUUGCCGACUUCUUGCAUAACGAGAUCAGUCAUCACGUCGGAUGCGUGAAGCCUCACCCGUUAACUGACGAUUUGGCUCUGGUAAUAACAUAUGGCGGUGUUAUUUACGUCCUGUCCGUCGAGAGCAAGUCUGUUGUCAGGAAGUUGGACUGCGGCCCAAAUGCCGUUUGGUUGGAUGCCGAUUGGCACCCUUGUGGCAUGUACUUCGCCGCGUGCCAGUCAUUUGGCUGCUUCUCUCUGUUCACGGUGGAUGGUCUGCUGAGCAACUAUCGUGCCACACUGAACCACCAAUGUGGGUACAGCGACAUGCUGCCCAUAAAUACAUCGGCGUUUUACUCUGGUGCGGAGAGCGAUUCUGUAAACAUACGGCGUUAUCAUUACGGCUCAACGCUCAUGCCUCCAUUAGAGCUGGAUGGUAAGGGCUGCAGCGAGAGCCUACGGUUCUACACGGCGAGCUCGUUCCACACGGUGCUUGACGACAACCGCUGCGAAGUGCUGUACGCAUGUUCUCCAGUACCUAUGCAAGUAGAUGACACAAAACCUUGGGGUAACCGUCUUUUGGACAUGUCAGUGGUCCCGGCACAUCUGUGGUCGUCGAUAUCGGUAUUGAGCCGUAUCCCUCUGGAUAUAAACGUUGUGGAAUUUUUGCAGUGGCACUUAGGUGUAUACGGCAACUGCGAUGUUGCAGAGCUUCUGUCCUGGUUUCUCUGUGUGAACAAGUUGGAUGUGCUAGGAAAUUUCACCAACCGUGUCCGUCGUGUGGUCUGCCCAUACGGAGGUGUAACAUGUGUGGUCUGCCAGCACAUCGUCACAAGUUCCGAUCGUGCGGAGCGGUACGCGGAGAUGUCUGCCGAACAGCAUGGUGUGAAGUCCAAGGUGAACGAGCGUGGUGACAUUAUUGCCUGUUUGCCCAUUGCAUCGCGCCCGCAGUCUUCAACCGCUCCUCACCCCCCCGCAGCACCGAUUGAGAGGCGGCCGCAAACGGCUUCUCCAACGAAUCGAGUGAUUUCAGCGGCCACAACGACGCGCGCUCCAUCGUUGUCACGUACUCAAAUUGCUUUGAGGUCGAAUGAAAACAGUCGAUCAAGCUCGAGCUUGCGCCAUGCUUCGUUGAGCAGGCAACCUCCCACUAGGGUGCAGCCUCCUCGUGGAGCGGCGGCGAGACCCACCACAAGCGCUUCCGCAACUUCUGCACAGUCAUCUAAUGAUGAAGUUCGUACGAGAAUAUCGCCUAGGAGAAAUGCUGCAGCGCCGCCAGCUACGGCCUCUCCGAGGACACCGCCCGCUUCGGAUCGUGCAACUUCUCAGACGCAGAUAGGAUCAUCUGAUAUAACUCGUGCACUUUCCCAAGUCACUUCCGACGAGCGUACGGUACGACGGCUACGCCGUGAAAUGCGCAUGACUCAAUCAUCGGAUGAUGAGUCAUCGCCUGAUCGCGUUAGCAGCAGCUACCCAUUUCGCAAUCGCCGCCAAUGCGUAGAAGGUGGUGUGAAGAGGGAGUUAGAUCGAGCUACGUAUUUGGGUAGCGUCCUAGGCUCGAUUGGUUUGUCGAAAGCGGCCCACCAGGCGUCUGGCCCACUUGACGCAGUGUGCCUGUUGUGUGGUUUCGGCUCAGACAACUCAAAAGCCAAGCGUAAUACGGGAGUAAAGGCGUAUAUAGGUGGCUCAACAUUAGUCAGGAACAGCUUGAUCGGCCCAUUUGCUGUCUCGAAGCGGUACAUGGACACGAUGGAACAGGAGUUCCCUAAGCUGUUUGACCGCAUGGGCAAUGACGUGUUCAUGCACAUAGGGUGUUUGGCAGCGGCUACCCACCUUGUGCCUGACUCAAGUGGCCAUAGGAUUGCGAACCUGCCGGAAGUUUUGAUACGUGGCAUGCAUGAGAAGUGCGCAUACUGCGGCGGCACCUACGCUACGCUUCACUGUACUGGGGCUGAUUGCAAUCGUGCAUUCCAUUAUACCUGCAGCAUUGCGUGCGUGGAAGAUGAGUCGUACCAGCGUCAACAACCCACAUUGAGGCGCAAUCCCUCAUUCUGGUCAAGAAUGAACAAUCCGGUGGAUCCACUUUUAUGUGACCGUUUUCUGUGUCUGGAGUGCACGCUAAAGGACUGGAUAGACGGAUCUCCCUCCGUUGAGCCGCUCUGUACAGGCGAACACUUCCUCAGUGAUGAACCUCGUGCGUGGUUCUACUCGGAUGCGAGGGAUAUGAAUGCUCAUUGUUACGUCCCCCAGGGUGGUGACUUGAUAUUCAUACCUGUUCAGGCCCGAAGUCGUAUCAAGGCGAAUAGUGCUAUACCGUGGUCUUCUGCCUUGCAUACGCAUAUGUUAGAAGUCAAGAAGGUCGACUAUCGAUUUUGCGGCCCAAUAUCUGAUGACAUCGGCAUCUGCUCGGUUUUGUGGGUUCGCCAGAUGGACAACAACAAACGCCAGUCCCUGUUCUACCGCCCAGGUGACCUUACCGUGUUGACAUUGGUGGAUGUGCUUGUUGGUGUUUGGCGUCUGGAUAAGGUCAAAGAGGGGGAUUCCGUCAAGGUGCUUUGUGCAGACGGGUGGAUGGACGCGACGGUGAGUGGCAUUAAAGACCCUCUGGUUUGCAGCGCCAACUACAAUGUGGUUUCUGGCGAUUAUAGCACUGCUAACGUCGCUAGAUUGGGCAGAGCUGCCAUCGAUCUCGGUACCAACUGCAUCCAGGCCAAACUGGUGUCCGACGCGUCAGAGCAGUGGUUUUCCGCAUGGCAGUUCCGUAUUGACCCUACCAGUGAGUCAAGCCUGUUUGACUCACUGCACCAGCGUCUGUUCCCGGCUGAAGCGAUGGAGGAUUUGAUAAACCUGACGCUGGAUGGCAAUUUCGAGGAAUUUAAUAUUUUGCCGAAAUGGACGGAAUGCCGAGAACGUUGGGUGCGUACGUAUUGGACGACAAUCGCCUGCCCGAUGUCGAUGGAGAAGGUCCGACAGCGCAUCCUGAAUUCGUAUUACAUGUGUCCGCAGGGGUGUCUAUCGGAUCUUGACCUAAUUGUGCGUAACUGCAGGCUAUUCAAUCCGCCUUCUAGCACGCUCUGCCAGAUCGCUCAGACCCUGGAACGUGCUAUAUCCACAAUUCGAGACGACAUUAGGCGCUUGAUGAAUGCAGAAAAGUAUGCUAAGGUGCUGGUUCAGUUCUUAAGGCCGAAUAUAGGGCUUUUGUUCGUAACUCCCAGCACCUCUACCAAUGCCGUGGUUGGUGAGGAUAACGUGGCGUCAACACAACCUGACUCAACAGCAUCACAAACCCAUACAUUAGAUGCGGAUAUUGCAAGCCCGGCUUCCGCCCGUGGAGCCCUCUCACCAACGCAAGCCACUCAGCGUUUUGACGACGACGAUAUGCCCAUUCGACGUUCACCGCGUAUCCUGCGGUCAAAAGCUUCAGUGAGUGAUGAUAUACAAGCGCAUAAACUCCCACAAGCUUCGAAGGCGCCACUGAGAUCUGCGAUUUCAGGAGGAACCGAUGAUUCCAGGCAUCCAACGUCCAAACCCAACGCUUCCGAGAUACAGCAUGGGCAUUCUACACGGGCCUCUCAGAAGCUCGGCGAAUCUGACCAAGUAUCUUCACGCGGAUAUGCCAACUCCGCUGUUGGCAAUACAAGCACUUCAUCGUCUAGUCUGCGGUCAUCUGCGUCGUCGGGGGGCACUCCAGUGCAACAGCCUGCCAGCAACACGUCUACAUCAGCUGGCGGGCUCCAUAUGACCAACCGUCGCACGUCGUCUAGGCUGGCUGCCAUUAAUGAGAGGGAGGCAGAGCAGGCAAAAAUCGCUGCUCUGGAGAAGAAGCAACAGGAGGAGGAAGAAAAGCUUAGGCGAACGUAUGCGUCGCGCUACAACCUCAGAGGGAUUUGA